AUGCCGUUUUUCGAGAACGCGAGCAACUUUGUCAUGAAGAACUGCACGUUCACGAAGAUAAACGCGGAUGGCAGCGAGGAAACUUGGACGUGCCACGAGGCAAACACAGACGACAACGCCUCUCCAUUUAUCCCCGAGGCAGAGUCGACAAGUACGAACAAUCGACAGCCAUCUGCUUCCGAUACUUGUGAUGACCCAUUCGUCAACCCCGGUGGGCCACCAGCUUUGGUCGAGGAGUUGUUCAUCGACAACAGUAAUCCAAAUGGUGUUCGCCGACGACACGCUACGCGCAGAAGUCGUCGCACGGCGCACGGUAACCAUCACUGUAUGACAACGACGACGGCCAUCGUUUCCACGGAUAGCAACAAUUCCCAAACGGUGCUUGUAAGAGAUAGCUUCAACAGUUAUGACGGGGAGGAUCCACCUCACAUGCCGUUCCGAGGGAGAUCAGUCCCGAGGGUACCGGAUUCCUAG